GCUGCAAUCCCAGAACUCCGACCUCCAACGGGAGCUGGGUAAUCUCAAGAAGGAACUGGAACUGACGAAUCAGAAGCUGGGCUCCAGUAUGCAUAGCAUAAAGACCUUUUGGAGCCCGGAGCUGAAGAAGGAGAGGGCGUUGAGGAAAGAAGAGAGCGCCAAAUACAGCCUUAUUAACGACCAACUGAAGCUGCUCAACCAAGAAAAUCAGAAACAAGCUAUGCUCGUCCGUCAGUUGGAAGAAGAACUCCGUUUGAGAAUGCGACAACCGGCGCCAGAGUUGCAACAACAACUAGAAGCACUAUUCUCCGAGAAUGAACACUUGCAGAGAGAGAUCGCAAUAUUGAGGGACACCAUUAAGGAAUUAGAGUUGAGAAUUGAAACACAAAAGCAGACUCUGCAAGCGAGAGAUGAGAGCAUCAAAAAGUUACUUGAAAUGCUGCAAAAUAAAGGAAUGGGCAAAGAAGAAGAAAGGCAGAUGUUUCAGCAAAUGCAAGCGAUGGCACAAAAGCAGGAGCUCAAGGCGACGGCAGACACGCUGCGGGCGCUGCAGACGCAGCUGGAGCGCGCGCUGGCCGCGGCCGGCCUGCCCGGCGGCAGCGCGGGCGCCACGCUCACCGCCGUGCUCGAGACCAAGGAGGCGCGCAUCGCCACGCUGGAGAGGCAGGUCGCGUUGCUCGAGAGCGAGCUGGCCGCGCUCGUGUCGCCGCCGCCGCCCUCCCUCGCGCCCUCCCACGCCUCGCUUUUCGAUAAAGCCGACCCUCCCUUCAAGAGACAAUUGGACGAGUUUCGCCUGGAGAUCCAGAGGAGAGAUCAGGAGAUUUUGGCGAUGGCAGCGAAGAUGAAAGCUCUGGAGGAACAGCACCAAGAUUACCAGCGUCACAUAGCUGUUCUGAAGGAGUCCCUCUGCGCGAAGGAGGAGCAUUACAGCAUGCUGCAAACAGACGUUGAAGAGUUAAAAGCUCGCUUGGAUGAAAAGAGUAGAGUAGUGGAGAAGAAAACAGCAGCUGCUCUGGCCGCUGCUCAUGAGCUAGCAGAACUCAGAGACCAUUCUGAGAUCAAAGAUCGCAAGAUCAACGUUUUGCAGCGAAAGAUCGAAAACUUAGAAGAUCUCCUGAAAGAAAAAGACAAUCAGGUCGAUAUGGCAAGAGCGAGAUUAAACGCCAUGCAAGCACACCAUUGCUCAUCUGAAGGUGCAUUAUCUUCUUUAGAGGAAGUUAUAGGAGACAAGGAAAAACAAAUACAACAGUUACGCGAACAAAGAGACAGAGCUGAGCACGAAAAGAACGAAGAAAGAGAACUUCACGAAAGAGAAAUUGCGGAAUACAAGAUGAAACUCCAUGGUCUAGAAAGCGAAGUUGAGAAAUUAGGAGCGAGACUUGAAAGAGCCCAGGCAGAGAAAGAUCGACUUGAGGCUAAACUUGAAAGUUCUCAGUCUGAAUUAGGAAAAUCAAAGGCUGAACUUGAUAAAGCGGCAAGUGAAGUUGGAAGGUCAGGAGCUGAUUGGGAAGCAGCCAAACAACGGCUGGCGCGACUUGAGCUUGAGAAUGAGCGAUUGAAACAUGAAUUAGAAAGGUCCCAGACAACAUUCGGUAGAAGCACCUUAACUACGUCUCAGGAACUUGAUAGAGUUCAGGAGAAGGCGGAUAAAUCUGCAGCGGAAUUGAGACGAACACAAGCAGAAUUAAGAGUUACACAGGCCGAUGCUGAAAGAGCUCACUCUGAGGCCAGUGCACUGCAAGAUAAAUUAGAGAAGUCACAAGGUGAGGUGUAUCGUCUUAAAGCUAAACUUGAAAAUGCACAAACUGAACAAGACAGCCUGAAGGAGGAAUAUGAUCGAGUACAAUCAUCUAUAAGCAGACUCCACUCCGAGCGUGACAAAGCAGUGGCCGAAUUGGACAAAGCUCGAGAGGAAUUGGAGCGCACACAGGCCACUCUGGGCAAGGCACAGCUUCAGCAAGACAAACUCCAAGCCUCCCUGGACUCAGCACAUUCAGAGAUUGACAAACUACAGGAGAAGUUAGACAAGUCCGCCGUCGAAGUUAGAAAGCUCCAAGUGGACAGGGAGAAGCAAUCAUACGACUUCGAAUCGCUACAAUCGCAACUCGAUAAGGCGCUCGGCCAGGCUGCCAGGCUGCAGAAGGAGAGAGAUACAGCUCAACUGGAUGCUGAGAGGUUCAGGGACAAACAUGAUAAGGCUCAGGCAUUAGUAGCUCGUAUACAGAAAGAGCGAGAUGGAGCAUUAGCUGACGCAGCCAGCAGCCGUGAAAGGGCCGAAGCGGCCGCCGCUGCUGCCAAUAGAGCCGCCCGAGAUAGAGACAGUGCCGCUACGGAGCUGGACGUGUUGAGAGAACGAUGGGAGAAGGCACACCAACAGCAUCAGAAACUCACGAUGGAGAGAGAUGAUGCACUAACAGAACUUGAAAUAAUGAAAGAAAAACUAGAUAAAGCUCUCUAUUCUACACAAAAAACCAACGAAGAAAAGGAAAAUGCGCACAAAGAAUAUGAAAAAAUGCUUGAAAAGUAUGAUAGAUCUCAAAAUGAAAUUUACCGAUUGCAAAACAAAUUAGAUAUAUUGGAAGCCGACAAAGACCGUAUUGAACUUGAAUUGGAAAAACAAGUUCACGUGGCAACAAAAGCCCGAGAAGAUCAAAGAAAGAUGCAAGACGAGCUGGCUAGAUUACAGGAAAUGUAUGACAGAGCAUCUUUACAAUUAGGCAGGACCAAAGAACAAGAAGAGAAAGCUAAGGAAGACAUGGAUAGGUUGAGUGUUGAUAUUGAUAUGGUUAGAGAAAGGUAUGAAAAGAGUCAGAUAGAGUUGCGAAGACUGCAAGCAGAGAAGGAAAAACUGGUUGCCGAUAAUGAAAGGCUGCAAUUUGAAUAUGAUAGAGCAAUGACUCAGUGUGGUAAAGCACAAGCUUCUAAUGAGAAAACUCAGGAAGAAAUGGCUAGAGUACAAAUUGAACUAGAAAAGAUGUAUGACAAACAUGAUAAAGUAUCUUCUGAAUUAAGACGAGUGCAGGCCGAACUUGAUAAAGUCAAACAAGAUGCUAGUGGAGCGAGGGAAGAAGCAGAGAGAUAUGCGGCACGUUAUGGGAAAUAUCAUGAUACUAAAGAAGAACAUGAAAGAACAAAAUUGGAGGUGGAACGACUUCGCGCACGGUUAGAGAAGACAACAUUAGACUUGGAGCGAGCACGCAAGUCAGAAGAAGAAGUAGUACGUCUACGCUCGGAGCUCGAACGCGUCGAAGGCCUUCGAGGUAAAUACCAAUUCGAACAGGAUAAAUGGACCAACGAGCUGAAUAGGAUGCAGGCAGAGAUCGACAAGCACCGCGAACGGUAUGAAGUGGCACAGGCUGACAUUCAACGCGUACAGUCAGAAAAGGAACAAGCUGAGACCAAGUUACACGAACUAAAUAUACAAUUAGAGUUAUCCAAGAGCGAAGUUGCGAAACUUUCAGGGGCAUUAGAGAAACAGAGAACUGAUCUUGAACGCGCUCAUAUUGAGUGUGAAAAGUUCAGGGAUCGCUGUGAAAAACUUAAGUUACGAUCUGAGCAGUUAGACAAAGAUAACGAGAGAUUGAAGAGCGAGUUGCAACAAAUUGAGAGGAUGAAAUUACAGGCAGUAGCUGGAGAUAAAGCAAGGACUGAGGAUAGAUUGGAAAUUGAACGCCUGCGAGACAAACUGGAAAAAGCUAUCCAAGCAAGAGACUCGACAGAAAUGGAAGCAGGUCGAUUGGCAAAGGAACUUGAGAAAUCUCAAAUGCAUCUUGCCAAAUACCAGGAAACUAAUGAGUCAACGCGUGUAGAAUAUGACAGGAUGACUAACGAAUUAGGGAGAAUGCAUGAGCGCCUUGAACGUACAAUCCUUGAAAUGCGACAGAUUGAACAAGAAAGAGACGCAUUGAGAGCAGAAAUACAGAAUACGAGACGCAAUGUUGAGCAACAACAAAGAACUUUGGACCAUCGAACACAGGAAACUCUAGUAAAACUUCAACAAGAAUUAGCUCAAUCCGUGCGAGACAGAGAAAAAAUGGCUUCUAUAUUAGAACAAAGAGACAAACAAGCAGAUGCUAUUGAAAAACAGAUCGUGAAGUUAGAAGCCGAUACUAAACAGCUUACAAUUGAACGUGAUCAAUUAGUAGCUCAACUAGAAAAGUCGCAGGAUAUGUUAGUUAAUUUCCAAAGAGAAUUGAAUGCUUCGGAAGCCGAAUUACAGAAACAGCGUGAAGAGGUACGCAGAUUAAAAGAAGAACAGAGAAAGAUGGCGCAGGAUUCUGAGCGUGGCACCAAAACCGUCCUCGAAAGUCGCGAUAGAGAAAUUGCUAAAUUACAACAACAGGUCCAAGUUGUUACCAAAGAGAGAGAAACGAUACGACAGCGUGCCGAAAAGGCUGAGAGAGAAGCACAAAAAGCUGGAGAAAUUGAUAAGUGGCGAGCAGCUGUUGAGGCCGAAAAAACCAAAGCAAUCGCAGCUGAAAAAGCUUUAUCUGAAUGCCAGCAGCGCUUACAGUCUCUGGAAAAACAAUUCCAAGCACAACAGCAUCAACUUCAGCAGCUUCAAGCACGGGGACCAUCGGAUGUGCGUGAAGUUCAGAAGCAGCUCGAAUCGGCACAAGCGGAGGCGCGUUCCCUUGCAGUUGAGCGUGAAAGAUGCCAGUCGCAGCUCGAGAUGCUUGUUCAAGAAUUGGAGAAGAGCCAGCUCGAUCUCCACGAAGCGAACAAGAAGCUGCAAGCAGCUGGCGCUCAGAACGCCAAAGCUGGAGACGAUACAGUCCAAGCUAAGAGGCAACUUCAAGAAGAAUUUAAGAAGUUGGAAGACGCGAGAAGACAUUUCGAAGAACAAAGAAGAACGUUUGAGAAUAAGAGGAAAGACGUGGAGGAGAAAGAGAAGUCGCUGACGGAAUUAGAUCGACAGUUGAAGAAGAGAAAAGAGCAAAUGGACCAAAUGGAAGCAUCGUUGAGGAAGGCUGGCGGCAGCGCUGCAGCGGUCACAGAUCUGAACCGCAAGUUGACAGACACACAGAAGGACGCUGAGCAGUUGAAGCAACAGCUGGACCAGAGCAAAGAGGAGGCGAAGCGGCUGACCACAGAAACGGAGAGGCUUCUACAAUUGGUGCAGAUGUCGCAGGAAGAGCAGGCACAGAAAGAAAAGCAGAUUAUGGAUUUGCAACAAUCUGUGAGAAACCUUCAAGCCAAACUCAAAAGUCAGCAACAAGCACAAGCACAAAGAGAAGAGGCUGGACCCGCUGGUUUCCUCAAAAGCUUUUUCUAAGUUAGUCCUUCGCAUCAAGACUGUCAUUAAUUUAUUUGCUCUUUUUAAUUUACAUAAUUAUUUUCCUAAACCGUCGAUUUAUCAAAGUUCCGUGAGCGACAGCUACCGACUCCACGUCUUUCUAAAAUUAUCACAGUUAAGCUUUACAAUUGCAAUUUCGUAAUAAGUAAUGUUAUGGAUAUCUAUAUUGAAUAUAUAUGAAGUGUUCAGAUGAUAAUAAUAACAAAGUCUUGUUGAUGUACUCCGAUAUAAUAUGUACGCAGUACGACCGAGUCUCAGUUCAUUGUAACCAGCACACAACUAAGAUUAAUAAAUUAGUUUAGAGAUAUUUUUAAGUGACGUUUAAAAGUUUUGAACAAAUAAAAAACGUGUUCAGCCGGUAUUAUUUUGUUAAGAAUUGAUAUGAAUAAAAAAAAAAUAUUAUUAUGUAAAACUGUUAUGUGAACAUAUAUCUAGUUAGAUGAUGUAAGUUGUCCACUAAAUAGUCGAUGUUACCCAGCUUUCAUCUUGUUAUGCGAUUAUCAAAUUACAUUUAAAAUUAUUAAAGAAAACAUAUGUUGACCUUUCUCCAGUUAUUUUUGAGUUUACAUUGUUGAUAAUUUGUUGUUGAAGUAAAAAGAAAUACUAUUUCAUUAUUUUAAUUUGUUCUUUGUUUUCAUCUAUUGAUCCCCUGUCGUGUAGGAAGUGAACCGAGGUAAAGAGACAGAGAUAGCAGCUGUAGAUGAGUUAGUUAAAUUAAAGAAAGAAAGAGACGGUUUGAGAUGUAAAUUGGAAG